GGCAGUCAGACGCCUGCAAUGUGACAACAGAGGCAGCGGAGAAGGAGAUUGGACUGAGAGCAAAGACUCCUGUGUUAACCAGCCUCCACUCCCCUCCACUAACCCCCCUCCUCCUCCUCCUCCUCCUCCUCCUCCUCCUCCUCUGCUUGCAUGUGCAUCAAUAUCACGACGGCGUCUCAGAGGACGGUUCCCCGCGUUGAGUUUUCAUCUCCGGGUGAAGGAGGAGAAACGCGCAAGUUGGUCGUUGGACUUUCUGCAGUUGAAGGUCUCUGUCGCUCUUCGCGCCCUUCCCGCCAUGGAGCCGCUGUCGUCCCCUCUCCACCGCGGCGGAGGCCACGUUUCGCGUGACGGGGAGGAGCUGGAGCGCAAGGGGUCCCGCCGCAAGAGGGAGUUCAUACCGGAGGAGAAGAAGGACGCCCAGUACUGGGAGAAACGCCACAAGAACAACGAGGCGGCCAAGCGCUCGCGGGAGAAGAGGCGGCUGAACGACCACGUGCUGGAGAGUCACCUCAUGGCCCUGAAAGAGGAGAACGGCAGGCUCGGCGCCGAGUUGAUGGCCAUCAAGCUGCACUUCGGCCUGGUCCACCCGGCGGCCUACGGCGCCCACCUGGGCGGCCAGCUGCACGCCCACGGCGGCCCCCAGCCCGCCACCGCCCAGUACCACCAGUCCCUGCAGAGGGACUACUACCGGGGGGCCAGGGACUCUUCGGUGGUGGCGAGACCUCAACCUCCUCCCCCGGUCUUCAUCCCGGCGUACGCCCUCCACGCCAUGCGAGGCUACUCCUAUUUGAACGCGUCGGGCGGCGCCGGGCCCGGUCUCCUCGCUCCGCUCAUGCUGCCCCACAAUCGGCCCACCUACUCGUCCCUGCCGGGGGCCGCCCCGCUGAAGCCCGUCCCCACCAGAGCCGCCUCGGACGAGGAGGAGGAGCAGCAGGUGCCGGGCCUGUCGUCCCCGUCCUUUCCGGCGCCGCAUCGCAGGAUGCCCUCGAGGGGACACGCGAUCUACUCCCCGCCGAGACAGUACAUGUCCAACUGACCGAACGGUGUGUGUGUGUGUGUGUGUCCACGAGCUGGUCGGCUGAAGAACAAAAAAAACACAAUGUGCUGGUUGAUCCAGCCCGGCGGGAGGCGGAGCGAGAUGUUUCGGCACCACCUUUUGGGUGGGGGGGAGGGGCGCCGCGUCACUGCUCCAGCCUGUCAAAGACUUUUCUGUCUUUUAGAUCUUUUAGAUCAGAAGUCCCAGAGAAGAAGAGAACUGUAAUUUUGCAAAACGAACAAGAUGAAAAUGCACUCAACGAUGUAAAUUAAAAAAGUUUUUAAAAAAAGAAAAGAAAAAAAAGGGCUUCAUGAGAUUCCGUUGAAGUUCUCAGCUCUCAUUUGGGCGUGGUUCUACGUCAAGGGACUUGGUGCUAAUGUGAAACCAUCUUUUGCUGGAAUAGAUUAGAAUAAUACGUAUUAUUACCCUCGGUUAACAUUGAAAAAUGCUAAAUGUAAUUUUCAAAAACGGGUUGGAAUAGGGGCCACGUUGUGUCAUUAAAAGGUAUGUAUAAAAGCAAAGUAAGGAGAGAAGUCCUCUCUUCAUUCCCCAGUAUUUAGACCCCCGUGUCGCCUGCUUGGUGCGUCUUCACACGGACGCCAACUUCUACAAAAGGCCUCGACCACAAACAACAGGAAUUGCAGUCCACGACCCAGAGACCAAAAGUGAAACUAAUGCAUGCGGUGCCAGGACGGCAGCUGACUGCUUCUUCUUCCUCGUACUCGUCCUCUUCCUCAUCUGUUGCGUCUUUCGGUGUCCGUCUCGAACAGCCCGCCGGCUACAGCAGGUUUCCGAGUGUUUUACGAACAGCCCGCCGGCUCAAAGACACACAAAGAAAACUCUAAAAACAAAACGCGGUAUUUUGUUUUUCGGGCCGGGCCUUCAAUUGGCUUAUGGGGCUGUUGGUGGAAAGUAGUGGAAAGCACCCUGAGGCGGCUUCGUGACACUGGAGAAGUGAGUUGGAAUAUUUAUCUAAAAAAAAUCAAGCAUUCAGUACUCGACUUGGCCUUCUCUUUCCAAAUGAUCCUUUUGAAACGGUAAAUGUCUCAUGCUCCCUGACACCAUGUCUUAUACCUGAUCUAAUCCCGAUUAUUUCCAUCUACGUUUCAAUCCCUUUGACAUUUGUCGAAUUAAUUUAACAUGGUAACGUGUCGCCUUUCAAGGGACUCAAAUACAGAUCAAAAAUCAAGAUUUUCUCAACAUCCAUUUCCCCUCCUCCUCCAUUAUGUCUCAAUGAAACCCAGCGUUAAAACAUGAUAAUAUUGUUAAAAUAAAGAACACCUCUUGGCUAAGGAUUGCAGUGGAUGACAAGUUGGACACUAGUUGAACAAUGUCCUUAAAAAAGACACAGGCUCCUCGAUUGUUUGUGCAAACAAUUGAUUAUCACUUCCUUCCUCAUGUAACCUUAAAAUAAUUAACCAGAAAAAUGUGACGAAACUCAAUGAUGCACAAAUAACAGUCGAGUGCAACAAGUAAACACACCUGCAUUGAGUAACAGUGUAACACCAUUGAGGACUUUUUGUUGUUGUUUUAAGCAUUUGUUGACAUGCGGUGCGUCGUGGUACUCACCUGUCCG